GGACCAUGGUGCAGUCCCACUGGCUCCCCUGCCCCCCUCUCCUGUGAGACUGGCUGCGGGGAGGGAUCAUGGAUACUUGUCUGCCGGCUUCUGGUUCCCACGCAAGUAAGCCUGCUGUCAAUGGAGGAGGACAUUGAUACCCGCAAAAUCAACAACAGUUUCCUGCGCGACCACAGCUAUGCGACCGAAGCUGACAUUAUCUCUACGGUAGAAUUCAACCACACGGGAGAAUUACUAGCGACAGGGGACAAGGGGGGUCGGGUUGUAAUAUUUCAACGAGAGCAGGAGAGUAAAAAUCAGGUUCAUCGUAGGGGUGAAUACAAUGUUUACAGCACAUUCCAGAGCCAUGAACCCGAGUUCGAUUACCUGAAGAGUUUAGAAAUAGAAGAAAAAAUCAAUAAAAUCAGAUGGCUCCCUCAGCAGAACGCAGCCUACUUCCUUCUGUCUACUAAUGACAAAACUGUGAAGCUGUGGAAAGUCAGCGAGCGUGACAAGAGGCCGGAAGGCUACAAUCUGAAAGAUGAGGAGGGCCGGCUUCGGGACCCUGCCACCAUCACAACCUUGCGGGUGCCCGUCCUCAGACCCAUGGACCUUAUGGUGGAGGCCACCCCGCGAAGAGUAUUUGCCAACGCGCACACGUAUCACAUCAACUCCAUAUCAGUCAACAGCGACUAUGAAACCUACAUGUCCGCUGAUGACCUGAGGAUUAACCUGUGGAACUUUGAAAUAACCAAUCAAAGUUUUAAUAUCGUCGACAUCAAGCCGGCCAACAUGGAGGAGCUCACGGAGGUGAUCACGGCAGCUGAGUUCCACCCCCAUCACUGCAACACCUUCGUGUACAGCAGCAGCAAAGGAACAAUCCGGCUGUGCGACAUGAGGGCGUCGGCCCUGUGUGACAGACACACCAAGUUUUUUGAAGAGCCGGAAGAUCCAAGCAACAGGUCGUUUUUCUCUGAAAUUAUCUCUUCGAUUUCGGACGUGAAGUUCAGCCACAGCGGGAGGUAUAUCAUGACCAGGGACUAUCUGACCGUGAAAGUCUGGGAUCUCAACAUGGAAAGCCGCCCCAUCGAGACUUACCAGGUUCAUGACUACCUCCGCAGCAAGCUGUGCUCCCUCUAUGAAAACGACUGCAUUUUUGAUAAAUUCGAGUGUGUGUGGAAUGGGUCAGACAGCGUCAUCAUGACCGGCUCCUACAACAACUUCUUCAGGAUGUUUGACCGCAACACCAAGCGCGACGUCACCCUGGAGGCCUCGAGGGAAAACAGCAAACCCCGAGCUAUCCUGAAACCACGGAAAGUGUGCGUGGGGGGCAAGCGGAGGAAAGACGAGAUCAGCGUCGACAGUCUGGACUUUAGCAAAAAGAUCUUGCAUACAGCUUGGCAUCCUUCAGAAAAUAUUAUAGCAGUGGCGGCCACAAAUAACCUAUAUAUAUUCCAGGACAAGGUUAACUAGGAGGACAAGUUAUUAUUACUUAAUAAUCUCACAUACUGAAUACUAGUCAAACAAGUUUUUAAAUGUUUCUUUGGGUCUUCAUUUGAUGCAUUGACUUUACUUUCCCUACACAGAAAGCAACUGGGAGAGGAUUAAACGGAGUCCAACUUUCCCAGAUCCCCAGUUCUAAGAAACUUUUGUCCAACCCAAUAGGCCCCGGGACACUUCUGUUUAGAAUUGAGAGCUACCAGCUAACAGUAAUUCUUCCAUAGUUGACCUGAAUUUCUGAUGCUUUUAUUGCCCGGUUUUCUCUGGUGGGUCCAGUGUUUUGUUUCUAGGUGUCUGCUGAGAUAAAAUGAGGUUGUCUGUAGUAUUUAAAGCGAAAAGAGAUAAGUUUUUUUUUAAUUAAGCAAUUCCCUUUGAUUGAAAAAUUCAACAAAAAAUAAACACCGUUUACUCUACUCUUAGAGAAA